GCGUCAUAUCUGGUGUUCUUACUAUGCAACACUUUCGUCAUGAAUUUCCUUCGGGUCCAGCAAAAGAAGGUUCAAUUGUAUCAUCAUUUUUGGCCGGUUGUUUUGUUGGUGCUCUCGCAUCAGGAUAUUCCGCUGAUCGCCUUGGAAGAAGAUUUUCUAUUUUGGGUGGUUCCUUAGUAUUUAUUGUCGGCAGUAUUUUACAAGCCACUUCAACCACAUUUGCCCAAUUAUAUGUUGGUAGAAUUGUUUCUGGCCUGUCAAUUGGUGUUCUAUCAAUGAUGGUGCCUCUGUAUCAAUCUGAAAUUAGUCCUAAAGAAAUUCGUGGGCGCUUAGUUUCCCUUCAGCAAUUUACAAUUACCAUAGGCAUUGCUGUUUCAUUCUGGAUCGAUUAUGCGACCGAGAAAAUCGAUUCUUCUAAUCAAUGGAGAAUUCCAUUGGGGAUUCAAGUUAUUCCUGCUUUCUUACUCGCACUUGGAACUUUGAUCCUACCGUUCUCUCCUCGCUGGCUGUUAGAUAAUGACAGAGAUGAUGAAGCACUUAUAGUACUAGCAAAACUUCGCUCUAAUGGUGACAAAAAUGAUCCUAUUGUUAUUGAUGAGUUCAAUGAGAUUAAAGAGAAUGUUAGAUUUGAACGCGAAGUUGCUGCAAAGAGUUAUUUGGAACUAUUAAAAAAAGGUCCUGAAAAUAUUCGUAAAAGAGUUAUGCUCGGGAUUGCUAUUCAAGCAUUUCAACAGUUAACUGGAAUUAAUGCUAUCAUGGUAUGUAAUGCCUCAACACUUCUUGCCACUGGUAUAAAUGGUAUUGUAAACAUGCUUGCCACAAUUCCUGCUAUACUCUGGAUAGAUUCAUGGGGUCGUAGACCUACUCUAAUGUCCGGCGGAAUAUUAAUGGGAAUUUUUAUGUUAAUAAUCGGGAUAAUACUGGCUACGCAUGGAACAAAAUAUUAUGAUACAAAUUUGGGAAAAAACUCCAUGCAUUUAGAUACAACUGCUAGUUCUUAUUCAGUUAUAGUAUUUGUUUAUUUAUUUGUGGCGUCCUAUGCUUAUUCUUGGGGACCGGGAGGUUGGAUUUACCCUGCGGAAAUUUUUCCUUUACGUAUUCGAGGAAAGGCAUUAUCGAUAACAACUGCUUCCAAUUGGCUUUUCAAUUUUAUUAUCGGGCAAGUUGUUCCUACACUAUUGGAUAGAACUUACAUAAUCUUUGGUAUAUUCGGUCUAAUGAUGGGUGUUUCUAUAUUUCUAUUCUUUCCAGAAACAAAAAAUAAAUCAUUAGAAGAAAUGGAUGACCUAUUUGGCGACGUAUCGCAUUCUCCACUACCAGUUCAUAGAGAAGUAAGGCAAACUGGUGAAGGUGAAGGUGAGACAUCACCAUCAAAUAUUAAACAGGAUUCAAGUGAGAUGAAAAAUAUUGAACAAGCUACAGAUAUUGAGUCUAAGUAA